AUGCGUCCGUCUUGCCUUCUUCCGAAUGAUAUCCUCAUCAAGAUGAAGUCCUCCCGGCUCCUCUUCCAUCUGUUACCCUUCUUCCUUUCCACAGUACUCUGGUAAUUUCCAUCAUGUCCCUACCGUAACCCCCCUUCUCUCUUUUCCAGCAGCUACGGUUCUCUGCAACGGAAUCUCAUCACCUCGGGUCCAUGCACAUUUCCUCUCCCCACAUCUGCCAAUUUCAGUGUCUUCUGCCAGAUUCCCUACCACAAGGUACUUUCCGAUCUUCCGAUCUAUCUGUUCUCACUCAUUUCAGACCCCUUAUGUAUGUGAUCCGGGCGGUAUUCUCUCCCGGACCGAAGUCGAAAUGCUCCACGAAACGGCCACGAAGCUCAAUAUGACUUCUUGUUUCUGCAGCCGCUACUCGAACUGUCAGCCGGGAAUUCGGAUAGCCGUGGUCUUGCUGCCGUUCGUCAGCUGGAACAGUAUCAGAGAGUGCGAUCCGACCUACACAUCCUCUUCCAUUUCGACGUCGACCAUUCUGUACUCACAAUUGCUGUCGGCUAGGUGGCAAGGUCCGUCUCGCACGCUCUCACAUCACAAAUUGCUAAUGAACUGAAAUUCAGAGCACUGCGACGCCGACGUCAUCUUCGUUUAUAUUCAGAGUUGGCAGACCGAACGUCUUCGCACGCCUCUUCUCAUUCCGUUGUUCGGGUAGCGAUCCACCUUUCUGAUUCGUUUCUAAACAUUUCCGUUCGUUUCUUUGCAGUGAUCAGUGGCCGCACCUCCGUCGUUUCUCGAUCCCCAUCGUGACGGCGGCACGAGAAACCACUCUUAUCUCUCUGGAGAACGCGAUGUCGCAUGCCAGCCGUCUAAUCCACGUGGAUCUUUCCCCGGUACCUCUCCCAAAUCACUUCGUCUUUGACGUGCCCCAGACCUUUCAGGCGCAUGCCGCCAUUCCCCGCUGGGCGCUCGCGUUCGGAGGAAUCAUGCUCUCGAUCGUGGCGGCGGCGAUGUACGUGGCAAAUUGUAUCAGUCAGAAGAUGGGCCAAAGGGUAGGGAUUGACGGUAAUACUUCCAAAUGCGAAUUAUGUGUUGCAGAGACAGAAAUCUCUGGUUCCGAAGCGAGGAAAUGAGAAAUUCCGAGCCGGGUUCGGCGGAGGCGUCAUGAUGAAUAACGCGGGCAGCCAGAAGAAGAAGUCGGUGAUGAUGUUCAGGACGUUUUCGAAGAGUAAUAGCAACCACAAUAACAACAAUCGAUUAUGAGCAGUUUUUGUUAUUUUCACCGGGUUAGAUUUCUGAUACCUACUCAGCUCAAUAAAUAUAUGCUUAAAUUCAAAUUUUGUUGUUUUUUUUCCUUUUUAUCUUCAAUUUCGUAGCGUUUUGUAAGUGAAAUUGAAACGCGAAUACACGUUCCGUUUUGAAUCUCCGCCAAAAGCGCUCGUGGCCGUGGCCUAGUGUGUGCCUCGUAAAACAACGACACUCCGCAUUCCGCCCGAUACGUGUUUAGUGGAACUAGGAAUACUCGAAUUUUUCGUCCUAUUUUCUGUUUCAUUUGCAAUUCAAAUCCUUUUUCCAGUAUGUUUUGUGUUCUAUUACGUUUUAAGUGAUUUUAUACGUCAAAAUCAAUGUGUUUCACUCGUUUUCCAUCACCGAAGUCAAUAAUUUCAACUUGUAGAUUAAUUGGGUUACACAAGCGACGAAAUGGUCGAGAUCGAUUUUAAUAAAGAAAACGAAGAGGACUAUUCCGAUCCACCAGACUAUGUCGAUGAAGUUUCCGAUGAGGGUUUGUAAACGUUGUCGACAUGACAUGGAGUUGAAUAUGAAACAAUUUUCAGUGCUCGUUCCUGAUGUCCUCCAUCAGCGGCCAACGAUCGAAGAGUUCGAGGACAACUGUGUCUUCAUCUCUGGCCUUCCAGUUGCCGGACCUGCUCUGAUGACUAAACUUACGGGCCAUAUCAGGAAAAUUCUGGUUGGAGUCGAUCCCGCGGUCAAAUUCAUCCUCCCUCCAAGCCCGGAAGGAGGCUCCUUGGUGAGAUUAAUAGCAGGAGCUUGAGUAAAGAUAUUAUUUCAGGGAGUUGCUCUUGCUGAAUUUCCGGAUAAGGCAACUGCUCAGUUUGCCGUGAAGUGCUUAGAUGGAAUGAGACUUGAUGGCAGGCACGUGUUCACCGCCCAUCUUUUCACCGAUAUGAAGAGACUGCGAGCUCCGUCCGACAAUUGGAUUGCUCCUCAGCCGCAGCCGUACACCAGCGUCGGUGAUCUGUGGUGGUGGAUGCAGAACGACCGGUGCCGCGAUCAAUUCGCCAUUCUGCACGACAAAAAUGGAGUUCCAACUGUCGGAGUGUUCACCAACAUGAAGGGAAAUGAUCCCGAGCUCGCUGGAGACCUGGACAAGGCUGAACGACCAGUAAGAGACGAAAUUCACAUUGUUUCCAUUCGAUUUGUUUUCAGAACUGGACCGAGACUGUGUUCACAUGGUCGCCACACGGAUCUUACCUGUCAACCAUCCACAAUAAAGGAAUUAUCUUGUGGGGAGGACCCGACUACGAACGUGCCCACCGUUUUGCUCAUGAAAACGUGCAGUACAUCGACUUCUCUCCGUGCGAGACUUACCUGAUCACCUAUGCUGCUCCAGAAGAGACCGAGAGAUGGUGGGAUUGUGAGAAGGACAGUCUCCGUGUCUGGGACGUCCGCACCGGUGAACUGAAGAAAGCCUACUCUACCUUCGAACUGACCGGAAGGACUCAACUGCCGACGUGGCCGUUCUUCAAGUGGUCGUUCGAUGAGAAGUACUUUGCCUGUCUCAAGGCUCCAGAAAAGGACAAACUUGAAAAGGAGAAAAAAGUUGACGGAAUUUCAAUUUUCGAAUCGGAAACCUUCGAGCUUCUCCAGAAGCGUCCAGUCACAUUGGAGCAUAUUAAGCACUUCGAGUGGGCCCCCAAUGCCACAACCCUCGCAUAUUACUCCGAGUGCACUGAUUCUGUUCCAGCCGAAUUCGGUCUCCUCCAGGUUCCAUCCCUUCAACGACUCCGUUCCGCGCGUGUCCACAACGUCGCCGAUGCUCAGUUGUUCUGGCAGAAGAGCGGAAAGCGAUUGGCCUACUACACGAUGAGAUACAACAAGAAGGCGUACAGAGAUACUGGAGAUGUCAAGUAUGUGGUAAGUUCCCGUCCGGAUUAGGAAAUUCUAUUUACAUUCUAUCAAUUCAGGGAGGAUGUACCUAUCACAUCGACAUCUUCGAGAUUGACAAAAAGGACGUCUCCCUGAUGAACCUGCCACUCACUGAGCCCUUCAUUCACUUUGACUGGGAUCCAGAAGGCGACAAGUUCUGUGUUCUUGUUGGAAACACAGCCAAGGCCACUCCUCAAGUGUACAAGAUCGAACCGAACAGCCACGCACCAAAAUUAGUAAGCAAGCUGGACGCCGGAGUGCACUUCAAUGAGGUGCAAUUCGCACCAAAGGGAGGAUGGCUGGCCGUUCUUGCCAAGGUCUCUUCCGGAGGAAACGUCUACUUCAUCGACACUUCUCUUGCUGAGGCAAAGCGAACCAACGUCAUCGAACAUCCUCUGUUCAACAAGGGAUACUGGGAUCCAACUGGUCGCUACUUCGCCACCUGCUCAACACUCGGAGGCAGAAACGGAGCUGACCUCGGCUACAGAAUCUUCACUUUCCAAGGACGUGAACUCUGCAGAAAGAACCUCGAUCGUCUCGCCCAAUUCAAGUGGAGACCACGGCCGCCGGUCAAGUUGAGCGAACAGAGGCAGAAGGAGAUCAAGAAGAACCUGAAGAAGACCGCCGCCCGCUUCAUCAAGCAAGACGACGACGAGAAGUGCCGUGCCAGUCAAGAGGUUGUCGAGAAGCGUCGCAAGAUCAUGGCUGCCUUUGACAUUAUCCGAAACAGAAACCGCGAAGAGCUUGCUUCCACUCGCGACGAGCGCAUCCAACUUCGCAAAGGCAUAGACACAGAAGCAGAACUCAACGAGGACGAAUUUGUGGACGAGGAAAUCACGAUUGCGCUGAGCACGAGCAAAACCCCAGCCCCUCUUUCUGAGGAGGACGAGAGAGACUGA